UACGUCAUUGUUCUGCGACCAAUCUAACAGUGAUGUAAACCAAGAAAACUUUACGUGUCUGUCGAUCUUCUAGCAUCGAACAAAGGAAUAAUUGAUAGCUGUAGGAUCAGUUUGAUUUCAAGUAAUCAGCUUUGACAAAUUAUCUUUAACUAAAACGAGCUGACAGCUGGUCAAAAAGAGUGGGUAUAAGGUUAGCGUGCAAAUUUAAAGUGCAUCGCUAGUAACAACCAACCCCGGUAGGAAAUCCACACGUUUUCUCUGCUAGUUGCUUUAACGUCACUUGGUGUUUAUCAGUAUAGUAAGAUACUUGCUGUAGAAUAGCCUUUGAUGAGCAAACAUGCAUUGUUAAAAAAUAGGAAGAGUCCUUGCAGAAUAAGGCUGAGUUAGCUGGUUGAUAGCCAGCCUUAGCGAAACAGGCUCUUCCCAUAGGUCGCUUGGUUAUCGUUGCCUGUCACAGUCCUGUUCAAAACUGAAGUGGAGCUAUCGGUUAUUUGACAAGCAGGCUACCAACAGGAGCCGCCACCAUCACUCCGUUUGACCAGGCGCAUGGAUCUGUCAACAUCAGCAUCUUCGGUGAGAUCACCCGAUUCUCACUGUAGCAGCGUGGUGGACCAUAAAUCACUGCGUGUUCCGUUCACUGAUUUAGCGGGCAGCGAGAAAACGACCGGAUCUAACGUUACUAUUAACGAAGAAGGUUCCUCUUCAGUGUCUGAUGAAGACGACUCGGAACGGUAUCAGCUUGACACCACGGUGUUAAGUAAAUCUGAUGGGUUGUUCGCUGUUCUGUUCUCCAGAUACCAAGAGACCACGGUGUUCUCCUGCUCCCUCUGUCCCCUCUCCUACACCGCGCAGAUCUACCUCCACAAGCACAUCAAGCGGAGCCACACAGAUGAAUAUGUGCGACUGCUGAGGUCUGGAGAGAUCCGAUCAGAGACUCUGGCGCCCUCUAGAGGUCAUGGCAGCAUCAACCAGCACACCCAGACCCAGGCCCAUUUCCAAAGUGCCACGGCCGUGUCAUCCAGGACCACCCUGUCCUGUAAGGCGUCCUUGGAGUGGCGGGAGGAAGUCGGAGAGAAUCACAUGGAACGCCACCAUCACUGCUUCCUGUGCGCAACCAGCUUCCCCUCUGACGACCCCGAGGACCUGCAGCAACCCCAGCAGCAGCUCCUUCCCUCCGACGACCAUCUGGACCAACAGCAGCAUAGCCAGCGGCGGCAACAACAACAACAACAGCAGCAGCAGCUCCUUUCCUCCGACGAACAUCUGGACCAACAGCAGCAUAGCCAGCGGCGGCAACAACAACAACAACAACAAAAGCAGCAGCAGCAGCUCCUUUCCUCCGACGACCAUCUGGACCAACAGCAGCAUAGCCAACAACAGCAACAACAACAACAACAGCAGCAACAACAACACCAACAAACUCCACCUCUACUCCCUGACUCUGGGGACAAACAGCAUCAACACCAGCAGCAACAACAACAGCAGCAACCUCCAACUCCACUUCAGCUCGCUGGGUCUGGGGAGUGGCUCUUCAUCUGCCCAAUGUGUGGCAAAGACUUCCCAGAGGAGGCCCGCCUGAGACAGCACCAGAGCACUCAUUCCGGAACACUCCGGAACACUCUAGAACACUCACACCAGAACACUCAUGACCAGACGGAUCUGAAGGAGCGCCAGCGGACUCGCACCGACGACUGGCCCUACCACUGUUCCCAAUGCGGCAAGAGCUUUGCGCCGGAGGCCAGUUUCAAACGCCACCGACGCACUCACACGGGAGAGAGACCGUACCACUGUACUCAGUGCGGUAAGAGUUUCACCAGAGAGGAUCAUCUCAAACAGCACCAGCGGACUCACACAGGCGAGAGGCCGUACCACUGUCCGCAGUGCGGCAAGAGUUUCACCGAAGGUGGCGCUCUCCGACAACACCAGCGCAUCCACACAGGAGAGAGACCAUACCACUGUGCUCAGUGUGGGAAGAGUUUCACAACAGACGGAACUCUGAAGCGCCACCAGCGCAUUCACACAGGAGAGAGACCAUACCACUGCUCUGAAUGUGGCAAGAGCUUCACACUACAGGGAGACCUCAAACGACACCAGCGCACUCACACAGGAGAGAGGCCAUACCACUGCACCCAGUGUGGUAAGAGCUUCAGUCAGUCUGGCGAUCUGAAGAAACAUCUACGGACUCACAAGAAAGAGACAGCUUCAUAGUCACAGGCUAGGUGAACGUGGACGGAAUUUAUAUAUUCUAGAACUGUUAUGUCAAAAGAAAAGUCCUCAUACUGCAAGUCUAAGUAUGUAUCUUCUUAGUCUGUCCUGAUUGUUGCCAAGACAAGCACGUGGGUGGACAGAACACUUUAGAACACUCCAGCACCAGAACACUCUAGAACACUCUAAAACACUCUGGAACACACUAGAAGCACAAGCAAGUGGGUCGACAGCAAGCGGCAACAUUCUAAUCUGAACUAUUUUUUACAGUCUAUGGUCGACAGUCACAUACAUUUGUGCCUUGACAAUAUUGUUGGUAGGCUACAUUUCUGCAGAUGGUGGUGAAGAAAACAACCUUAACUGAUGUUGUCUCCUCAACUAGUGUUGAGUUUGAAGUUUUAAACAACAAGAGGGAUAGCAAAGAUAGCGUAAAGAUACAGACAGAAAAGCUAAUCAUUCUAGCUAAUAUGAAUGGCAACUUCCACACUUAAAACCACAAAGAAAACGAUAUGGAGAACGAUAUCAUUGGGGAUCACUUCCAGAGCCAUUUUAAGAAUGAUUAAAACCUGAAAGCCAAUCGAAAUCCAUCAAAUGUUAGACAUCACAUUCAUCACCACAAGGAGAGUUUCCUUCUGUGUAGGCGCCAAUGUUGUUAUAGUUAUCGUUAUCUUUAUAGCUAUCGUUCUUGCUGUGAACAGCCCCAAUAGGCUCUUAAUUUGAUGCAUGGGCACAGUGUGAAGUCUUAAGUUAAAAACAAGUCUUAAAACUACUUUAAUUAGGCAAAAUCAAUUGGCCGAUUUAAGGUGCAGUCAGUGAUUGGCUAAUUUAAAAGUGCAGUCAGCAAUUGUGAAUGAGGCCCCGUUAGUUUAUGAUAAUGUUUACAUUUUAGUGUCUUAGGUUGCCUUCACACUGGGUCCGUUUAACUGGACCGUACUCGAGUGCUAUUACUACCCCUAGCCCAGACCCAGCUGGUUCAAAUUACAUUACACAAACACACCUGGGUCCGUUCAUGUCAUAAACACUAUAGCUUCUAUUUACCAAUAUUGCUUAGCAACGUUGCAAAAACGGCAGUUUAUUUCCAGUGGGCUAUACUACGAAUCUCGAUUAGUGGGUUAGCGAGGUAUGCUGUGACACGAAAGUGGUUCUGUUUUAGCAUAGCUGUAUCACCAGGGUGUCUUAUGCUGCGAACCAAACUUAGUCGGAAGCAGGUUAUGUGCUAAGUUAUAGCUCAAAUCGUGUAAAACUACCGCCCACUGACAAAUCAAUUAUCUUGAAAAACGAAGUUCUCAUGUGUAGGAUUCUGUCCUAUAUCUUACAGGUGGAGCUCCGCCUCUACAAACAUUUUGGAUCUUGCAGGUGCUUUAACAGUGUUGUGUGCCACUAUGGACGUGCAUACUAUACAACAUCUGAUGACAAUCGAUUUAAUUGAUGUUAUAGGCUAGACACUA